AUGUCAGGGGAGAACCUCCAAGGUGGGAGAACCCCCACUCGGCCUGGGGACAUGGGAGCCCUAGUUUCUCAGUCUCAUGUUACAGCAUCGCUCAAUUGUACCCGACGUCCUAUAAAGAAGAUCUACGCCUGCGACGGCUCUUUGAAAAAGGACCGGGGCGCUCUCCGCUUAAAGGGAAGGCAGUCGCGCGGUAAAUUCAGGGAACCCUCUCCUUUCAUAUCGGCUGUAUCGGAGCCAGCGGACACGCUCCACGCUGGUAGCCUUUCAUCCCCUGACUCCAGCUUCACCCUAAAUCCAGAGGACAGGAGGGGCUAUCCGAACCCCCAAGCGCCACACAGGCCGUUUGCCAAGCAGCGACUGAGGCAGGAGAAGGGGCAGACGUCUUUGCAAAGGGACGGGCCCCAGCCUUUCCUUCUGGAUCUCCCAAACUUCCCGGACCUCUCCAAAGCAGACAUCAAUGGACAAAACCCCAAUAUCCAGGUUACUAUCGAAGUUGUCGAUGGGCCGGACUCUGAACCGGAGAAGGACCUCAGAAAGGAAAGCGGCAAGCCCAGCUGGCCCGUCCCCUCGCCGGACUGGAGGAACUGGUGGCAGAGGUCGACGCCCACUGCCACCCGCAUGAGCAGCGGCGACCAGGAUUACAAGUACGACAGCACAACAGAGGACAGCAACUUCUUAAAUCCUCUCGGCGGGUGGGACAGGCAUGCUUCCGGUCACCGGACGUUUGAAUCCAAAGAACAGCCGGAAUACGAUUAUAUAGACGGGGAGGGAGACUGGAGCUCAUGGUCCGUUUGCAGUAUCACCUGCGGCAGCGGCAACCAGAGGCGCACCAGGGCCUGCGGCUACGCCUGCACAGCGACCGAAUCGCGGACAUGCGACAGGCCAAACUGUCCCGGGAUUGAAGACACCUUCCGAACAGCGGCCACCGAAGUGAGUUUGCUUGCGGGGAGCGAAGAGUUCAACGCUACAAAGCUCUUUGAAGUGGACACAGACAGCUGCGAGCGCUGGAUGAGCUGCAAGAGCGAAUUCCUGAAGAAGUACCUGCACAAAGUGAUCAACGACCUCCCGGCCUGCCCUUGCGCCUACCCCACGGAAGUGGCCUACAGCACCGCCGACAUCUACGACCGGAUCAAGCGGAAGACCUUCCGCUGGAAGGACGCCAGCGGGCCGAAGGAGAAGCUGGAGAUCUACAAGCCCACCGCCCGCUACUGCAUCCGCUCCAUGCUAUCUCUAGAGAGCACCACCCUGGCGGCGCAACACUGCUGCUACGACGACAGCAUGCAGCUCAUCACCCGCGGGAAGGGGGCCGGGACACCCAACCUGAUCAGCGUCGAGUUCUCGGCGGAGCUGCACUACAAAGUCGACGUUUUGCCCUGGAUCAUCUGCAAAGGGGAUUGGAGCAGGUAUAAUGAGGCCCGCCCCCCGAACAAUGGGCAGAAAUGUACAGAGAACCCUUUGGAGGGGGACUAUCACAAACAGUUUCAGGAGGCGAGGGAAUAUUGAACAGACCGGCUGACUGCUUUCA